AUGUACGUGUCUGUGCGUUGCAUUGUGGACCAAAACUUUUUCUUUUCAGAGGACAUUUGGCUGAACCACAUGGUCUUCGUUGCAUUCACAUCGCUCAGCUUGGGGUUACCUCGGCCCUAUGUCUGGCUCUUGACCUUGUUGCACUCCGUUUUCUUCGUCAGCUAUACCGUUGUAAAUGCCGAAAGCCCAAAACUGCAGCACAGACCCAGCGUGGGUUCGCAAGUGUUUUUAGUUGCCCUCAUGGCAAUCUUCACCAAGUAUAGUCAGGUGUUGACGCAGGUCAGCCAUUCACAGGCUGAAGCGGAGGUCAUGGCUCGCAUUUGUGAGGAAGAAGUUCGACUGGCGCGUGAAGAAGCCAGCCUCUCCGCGGAGCGUGCCCACAUGGCUGAGGCCGAAGCUCGAGCGGCUCGGGCCGAGAAUGAGAGAGGCCAAUAUCAAGGCCGCGUUGGUCGUGCAGGAUCCGAUGCCAUGACGGCCGAGGACAAAGAUGCAAUCGAGGAACGAGCUAAGUUGAUGGAACGCACCCGAGGCCCCGGGGCCCCGGGGCCCCGGGGGCAGCUGAGACCCCAAGAGGUGGAUGGCAUGGAAAAGGUGAACUCAACUGGCCAGUUUUUGACGCUUUCGGCCCUGGCUGCUAAAGGGGCCCAAUUUGUGAAACUGUGA